UCCGCAUUCGGGGUCGAGAAGAUUGUUCCCGGAGUUAGCGGCGCAUAAGGGAAGAAACAGUUUACGAACGAGAAAUAAUAUAAACUUUAGCAGUCAGUCUACUUCUAGUCUUCGAAAGUGUCGAACAAAUAGUACCAUAGCGGAGAAGUUUGCUAACAGAAAUAAUAUAUUAUCGAUCGGAAAAAUAAAAUCGUCUGUUUGUUACACAAUCGGAGCGAAUAGAAGAACAGAUAGCGUACCGAAUAGUCGAAGGCGUCGCACACAUAUCUAGUUAUUUGUUAUAUAGAUGUUGACGUGAAUAUGUAGCUCUUCCCUAAGUAGUGCUUUUAUAACUCUGGAUGAUGAGGAGCGAACUGUGUGAACAUAUAUUUAGUCGAACCACUUAUUGUUGAUUCCAGUGCUGUUAGAUCUAGAUUAGAAGUCAAAGAAAGUUGAACACUAUCGUAAAAUUACACAAUACGGGCCUGUUCCACUCCCCAGCCUGCUUAGCCGUUAGUGUCCAGUGCCGCUGGAAAACACUUUCUUCAGCACACCGCAUAGUGUGCCAUGCGGUUGACUUGUUGACUUCGCGCGCGUAGAUUGUUUAAAAGAGUGCUAUAAAAAGAGUCUUUCAUUCUCGUUCGCAUUGGCCUGCUACGUUAUAGGACUACACUAACCCACAAACUCGAAUGUUAAUGUUAUAUUUUUCCCUUGCUAGCUUGCGCUUAUUUAAUUAAACCAACCAAACGAAUAUUAAUUUCCAUUUGUUUGCUUUUUCGUUUCUUUGUACGUUGUUGGUUUGUAUGUGAGUUUCUACCAUUCGAACACCGUCUAUACGAUUGUGUGCGUAUUUGCGCUGGAUUUUUAGUUUAAACAUAUAAUUUCUACCUCUCGGUGCAAUCCUCACUUGUUGUUUGAGCUUAUUGAUAUACACACGUCCUAUUGUUAAGUCGGUUCGGAAAUUCAAUACAAUUCUGUCGCAAUGAUGGAUUACCCUGCUGCUUUUCUUGAGCAGCAACUCGUAACGAGUAAUUUGUCUCCGAUCGUCGACAAUCACCCAAAAGAGGCAUUCACAUUCGUUGAUGUUUUAGAGAAAGAUGAAAAACUGUGCGAAUACUACCGUCGGAUGCCGGUGCUGUACGACAAAAGCCACCCGCACUACAAGUUCCAGUCGAAGAAGGAGAAGGCCUGGCGGGAGUUGAGUCGGCUGUGCGAGAUGAACGUGGAACAGUGCAAGAAGCGCAUGACGUACUUUCGCUGUCGGUUCACCGUCGAGCGGCGGAUAAUGAAGAACGGGGUCAACUGCAGCGAGUGGCCCCUGCUGGACAAGCUAAAGUUCCUGAACAAACACAUCAAGAUCCGGAGGCCGCGGGCACCGAACGGCGACGUCGAUCCGGACACCGAUGACGAGACCAACCCACUGGUCGCGCUCCGCAAGCGUCAGAUGGAGGACGCCAAGGACGAUCUUCACGCGUACCUCGACCUGCAGCAGAUGGCCGCGGCCCAGAAUCCUCAGUUGCACUACCAGGCCCAGCAGGCCAAACUCCAGCAGCAAUAUCCUCACGCACAACACCAAGGUUACCACCCGGGGCAGGACAUGGCCAUGCACCACCUCCAGUCACAACACGGGCCAGGUCAACCGGGCCACCAUGGAGGUCAACAUGGGCACCGUGGUGGCGAUGGACAUCACCCGGGUCCAAUGGGUCCGAACCCUAUGGCUGCAGCCCAAGCCAUGCGCGCCAGUCUGUCCCAACCCACUCCGGCCGAAUCUCCCAUACCGGCUUCCAACGUUGAAGUUUCGUACAAUGUCCCGAAACGCCAGCGGCUCAACUUUGACAUGGACGAGGCAGGAUCCGUGUCGAACUACAACCUCAAUCGUACCGUCAAAUACCAGAACAACCUGGAUCAUUCCGUCAAUCUGGAUGAGCACGGAGCAUUCGGACUUUAUGUCGGAGAAAUUCUCCGAAAACUCCCGGAACGGUUGGGAUCGGUAACGUCGCUGAAGAUCAUGCAAUUGUUGCAUGAAGCACAAAUCCAAUCGUUUGAUUUGGCAACGUCUGCCAAUGCUAACUCCACCAACAGCACCAACGGAACCAGUAAUGCGAGGAAGGACAGCUCGGCCAACAGCUCUGCCAGAAGCGACGAGCGGAAAUCAACCGAAAGCAACGAAAGUGCGAGCAAGGAAUAAAACCGCGCCAUCAGAAUGCCAUUGGAUUCUUCUUAGCCUGAAACAAAAAAACGUGUAUUUAUUUUAUAUAAACAGUAAUAGCAGUAAAUGAUCGUUUAGAGAUUAACAAUCGAUCAUCAAACCGGAAUUCAGAACAAAAAAAAACAUUCGACUAGGUACUGGUUGCAUUUUUCUAGAGACGGAAAACGGGAACGUAUCUGUGAGAAGCAUUUCAUUUCAACCACCCAGAUCCCAAAUGAAAAUUGAAUUCGUCAUUUUGAUUAGGUACGUGAAAAUGGGAUUCAUAUUCAUGUUUUGCCGAAGCGGUUGAUCCGUCACACACAAUGACCAUCAUUAUUCCUCAAUUUUCGUAGUUCAAUAGAGUUAUUUUAGAGAUUCUUUUUUUUUUCGUAGGAAUAAGCAUCGGAGAGUAAUUAAAUGCUAUUUAGUGAAUAUCUUGAAACCAUGAUUUAACAUAUUCGACAGAAACUAUAUACAAAGAAACAUUAUAAAAUAAUCCCAAUAAAUGUGAAUUAUGUUAAAGAAA